ACUCCAGGUCCAACACUCCCGCCUACACCAAAUCCGACACCAGUGCCCACAUCAUCACCAACUUCCAAAUGGGAUCGGAUUUUGGCAGACCACCAACCCUAUCAUCCUCAGGCCUAUGAAUGGGUUAUGACUACAGACACAUGGGAACCGGAUCCUUCUUUAAGAGCUGACCCAGAUGAACUAUAUCUGGAACGUUAUGCAAUCGCGACUCUCUAUUAUUCCUUUGUCCCAAGUGGUGGAAGUUGGUUUACACAGGGUGCAGAGGCUUGGAUGACGGCCAACAAUCACUGUGACUGGUAUAAUGUUCAGUGCGAUGAUAACGGCAGAGUCAAUAGCUUUUCUGGGUCGAGCUCAGAGCUUGAAGGUACCCUCCCAACCGAAGUCGGCCUAUUGACACAAAUGACUGAAUUGCUUUUCUUCUUCAAUGAUUUGACGGGUGUCAUACCUACGCAGAUUGGAGCCUUGACAAAUUUGAGUUUUGUGACUCUGGGUCGAAAUGGUUUCACGGGCACCAUACCCACAGAGAUGGGGGCCUUAACAAAGUUGACAUAUCUGGAUGCGACUAGUAACCGCUUUACUGGAUCUCUCCCAACGGAAUUGGGUCUGCUCUCCCAAUUGACUGCUUUGUCACUCGAGUCAAAUCAAUUUGCCGGGACUAUACCAACCGAGUUUGGUAGAUUCGCUGUAGUUCAGUAUUUGUGGCUGCAUGACAAUUUUAUUGCCAGCUCCAUACCCUCGGAAAUUGGCCUUCUGACUGACACGCUUGAGCUCCGGCUGGAUGGAAACUUUUUACGUGGUCAAAUUCCCACCACGUUGGGCUCGUUGACCGCAGUCACUAGUUUGAAUUUGACCGCAGGCUUCAUGGAGGGUCCAAUUCCCACAGAAAUAGGGUUAUUGUCGCAAUUAGAGGAGCUGUACUUGGGUGACAAUUCUCUGAGGGGUACCAUCCCUACCGAGUUUGGCAACUUGGCAAACUUGUGGGGUUUGAACGUAUAUGAGAACUCGUUGUUUGGACCGAUACCAACAGAAAUUGGAAAUAUGUUAAGUUUGGAGGAAUUCGCGGCAUGGCGAAAUGAUUUGUCAGGAACCAUACCUUCAGAGUUCCAGAGUCUGAUUAUUUUGACCCUAUUGGAUUUGGGAAUCAAUUCUUUGACUGGUUCGAUUCCACCGCUUCCAACGUCACUGACAACAUGCUACCUUGCUGAAUCGUACGACGGUUUUGAGGAAGGGAACUGCUUUACAGAUACCUCACAGAACCCUGAUCAAUGCAGUAUCGUAAGCAACUGCAUCUAG